AGCUAGAGGUUCUAAAGCGAUUAAGCUUGGCUAACGGCUUCCAAAAAACUUUGACGACAUUCUCUGAAGAAUCGUAUGCUAUUAAACUUGAUUGCACCAAAAAACGAGUGUACUGGCUCGCCAACACAGCCGAAAUAAUUUCCAGUGAUUAUGAUGGCAAAGACAAGAAAACCAUUGCGAAUGGCUCAUUUACCGAAUCUAUACUGGGGGUAUUUGGAGAUUCACUGUACUACCAGAACACUAAUCUACAUGGUAUAAAGGAAAUGAAUGUAUCAACCGGAAAUAUAUCCCGCAGUAUUUUGGUGGACAAGGUUUUCUAUGAUGACCUCAUCUUUGUAGACAACUCCGCACAACCAAUUG